GUCAAGCGGCUCUUCUACGAAAUUGUGGUGGCUCCGGUGCGUCAAGAAUCCACUAUUGUUCUCCGGAGUGCGAAGCCCACCAAAAGGCUUGCCGCGUUCUACACCUUGUAUUUAUGCGUGCUGCUGUUUGGGCCCCCUGGAAACGGGAAGACGAUGCUUGCCAAGGCGGUUGCAAGCGAGUGCAACGCCACCUUCUUCAGCAUCUCCGCUUCCUCUUUGACUUCCAAGUGGGUCGGCGAGUCGGAGAAGCAGAUGCGAGCUCUCUUUAGCCUCGCCAGGAAAAUGCAGCCUGCAGUCAUCUUCAUGGAUGAGAUUGAUUCCAUGCUCACAAGCCGGUCUGCCGGUGAGCAUGAGGCGGCGCGACGCCUGAAGACAGAAUUCCUUGUACAGUUGGAUGGUGCUGCUUCAGGAAGCAAAGUGCAGCCGACCGAGUCUGCAUUGUUGGCAGCCGUGCGAAAGGUGGGUUUUCGGUACGGGUAUGCCAGGAUAUCAGACAGCUCAUGUGAAGGCUGGGAAGGAUCUUUGGUGGUUGAUGCGGAUGGCAGCCUUUGGGGGGGCGGCAGCAAUCGUGGCCAAUGCUUGUCAGAAGAGCUGAGUGACGAGCAAGUGCCGCUCUCACGGCUUGACAUUGCAGAGCUUGAUGGUGUGCCCUUCGAAGCAGCGCAGAUGGGAAGAGAUCACAUUCUCGCAGUUCUAGAAGGUGGCCGGGCGGUGAUCUCCUGGGGUCCUUCCAACGAGUUUGGGCAAAUUGGACACGGGCUCCCGUAUCGCUCGCGGGUGCGUCCUGGCGUGGUGCACUUGGGUGGCGUGCUGGUGAAGCAGGUUGCCUGCGGAGAGCACCACUCCCUGGUGCUUACAGCUCACGGUGAGGUUUACUCCUUCGGCUGCAACUUGCACGGGGCCCUUGGGUCCGGUCGAUGCGACUCACAGGAGCAAGCCGAAAGAGUUGUUGGCAACCACUUGCGCAGCAUGCCUGUAAGAGGCAUCGCCGCUGGAGCUCAAAGUUCCAUGGCUUUGUCGAUUGGGGGCGACGUCUUUUGCUGGGGCUGCAACGGCCGAGGGCGGCUGGGGUUGGGGCCGGCCUACGACCAGGAGCCCACGGUCCUGGCCCCUGUGAUUGUUCCCAACCUCCCGGGGGUCGCAAGGGCCAUCGCGGCUGGUGGACAGCACUCAGCUGUGAUCCUGCGCCGUGGACGACUUUUCCUGGCUGGUGACAACCGGUCGGGCCAGCUAGGACAGUCGCGCAAAGACGUUGACUGGACCAGUACGUUCUUCGAGCUGCCGUUCCAGGACUACACCCUUCGGGUACGAACGGUUGCUCUGGGCAAGAAGCACACGCUCAUUUUGUCGUAUGACGGAGAGGUGUACUCCUGUGGCUGCAAUGCCGAAGGCCAGCUUGGCAGCGAAGCAUGCUCCAGCGAAACCAGGUUGCCCGUCGAUGCCGCGCCUGUAGAUGUUCCUGUGCGUUUGAAGCUGCAGCUCGAGGGUGCCAAGGAGUGCAUGGUGGUCGGUCUUUCAACUUGCCACGAUCACACCGUCGCCAUGGUGAUUUCUGU